GCCGCGCUGAACAGCAGCUCUCCCCGAUUUGGAGAAGUGGGAGACUGGCCCAGAACCCCCCCCGAACGCCGACAGCUGUUUUGCGACUUGCAGGCUCGCAAUACUAGCAUUCAAAAGCGGAACAAAGAAACCAUUCGUUUGCGGAAGCAGAGAGACGGCUUCUCUCAGCGAUAUCAUGGCCGAGAAUACUCAAGAGGACGACGUCAAGUCCAACAAGCGAAGCCAUGCCGACUUCACCGGCGAUGAUGGCUCAGACAGCUCCUCUGACGAUGAUAUGGGGCCGCAGCUGCCCUCGGAGGCUCCCAAGAAGAAGCGGCGCGUUCUCCCGUACGAAAAGUUGUACAUCUCGGCCCUCCCCAAGUCGACGCGGUAUUUGAAGUCCCUGAUGCACAAGGAGCAGCUGGCCUACCUCACCAUGACCCCCUUAACCGACUUUUUGAUCACGACGUCGGUCGACGGCGUCGUGAAGUUCUGGAAAAAGGUGGCCGAGGGCAUCGAGUUCGUCAAGGAGUUCAAGGCGCAUCAGGGCGAGAUCCGCUCUGUAUCCUGCAGCCAGGAUGGGCGGAGCUUUGCGACAGCCGGGGUUGACAAGACGGUCAAGCUUUUCGAUGUCGUCACAUUUGAUCUCCUCGCCGUCCUCCAGCUCGACUUUGUGCCGCGCUGCGUCUGCUGGGUGCACAAGAAGGGCUCGUCACUGCCGCUCCUGGCCAUUUCCGAUAGCGAGGCUAAGCCGAGCAUUCGCAUAUACGAUGGUAGAGGGGAGAGCUUGCAGCCAGUUCACACCAUCACCGGGCUGCACCGCAGCCCCGUCUCCUUGAUGGCGUUCAACGACCCCUACGACUGCGUGAUCUCGGUGGACGAGGGCGGCAUGAUCGAGUACUGGAGGCCGAGUGGAUCCUACGAGAAGCCCGACAAUGUAUUCAAGUACAAGAGCUCGACCAACCUGUUCGAGUUCAAAAAGGCAAAAUCCGUGCCGGCGUCGCUCACUCUGUCCCCCGACGGGAGCCGGUUUGCGACUAUGUCCUUCCCCGACCGCAAGAUACGCAUCUUCGACUUCGCCUCGGCCCAGCUCCAGCGGACGUAUGACGAAUCGCUCCAGGUGAUGGAGGAAAUGCAGCAGGCUGGAACCGCGCUGCAGCAGCUGGAUACUGUAGAAUUCGGCCGCCGACUGGCCCAGGAACGCCUGAUCGAGUCGCCAGAGCUUCGCGACAAGUUCAACGUCAUCUUUGAUGAAUCGGGACACUUCAUUCUGUACGGGUCCUAUCUAGGAGUGAAGGUGCUCAACACAUACACAAACAGGGUUGUAAAGGUCUACGGACGCGACGAGGGGCUGCGGCCGCUCUCGGUGGCGCUGUACCAGGGGCGGCCACAGAAGAAGGGAGUGACAACCGUUGCGAUGGCGGCGUCAAACAAUCCGCUGCUGCAGGAGUCGGAGGCGAGGGAUCCGAUCCUGGUCGCUACGGGUGUGGGCAAGGUUCGCUUCUACAUGUUCACUAACGAGGAGGAAAUUUCGAAGGCGACGAGAGACGUCCAGAAUGAGAAACCAACCGUCCUUGGCCAGAAGAAGGCCGAGGAAAAGAAGAAGAAGAAAGAGACGGGGACGGCAGCUAUUAUACACACGACCUAUGGCGACAUCCACAUCCGGCUGUUCCCCGAUGCCGCACCAUUGGCCGUCGAGAAUUUUGUGACACACUCGAGGCGUGGCUACUACAAUAAUACCAUCUUCCACCGAGUUAUCCGCAAAUUUAUGAUACAGGGUGGAGACCCCUUGGGCGAUGGUACAGGGGGCGAGAGUAUUUGGGGAAAGGAGUUUCCGGAUGAAUUCAGCAGCUUGAAGCAUGACAAGCCGUAUACCGUCAGCAUGGCGAAUGCGGGGCCCAACACGAACGGAAGCCAGUUCUUUAUCACGACCGAGAAAACGCCCUGGCUUGACAACAAACACACCAUAUUCGGCCGCGCCGUGCAGGGCUUGGAUGUUAUCCACAGGAUUGAGAAUGUUAAGACAUACAAAGAAAGACCUGUGGAGGACAUCAAGAUUCUCAAUAUCGAUAUCGCGUAAAGCCAUGCCUCAUGAGCAACGUGUUUCGGUUCGUUGAGUGAGGCGAGGACGGAUUGAGCAGUGUAGAAAUAAAUGCCAGCUUUCACUGCAGCAAAAGGCAGCGUCGAGGGGGAGCGAUCGAAACGUGUAU